AAUAUUUAUAAAUAGCAUGCAAAACUGCAAUAAAAAAGGUCUGAUGACGAUUCAAUUCCAUCACUAAAAAAAUAACACCAAUGGGUUGAACAUAUAAUAUUGACGUAAUUUACUCCCAAGCUAUACAUAAAACAGAUAAAAUCUUAAAAUAAUAUAGGUAAAAUCUUAGCAUGACUGGUGAGACAGUCUGAAUAUAAAAGACACAAUGUUUGCCAUUGAACUAGUCAUUCUUAAAUAUUUAGAUUUAACCGAACGACCAGAUUUCAAACACACGCACCAGGAUGAAAUCCGAUAUCGCGACUGUCGUACUUUGUUUCCUCGCAGUGGCAACAUUCGCGGAAGAACGCGAUGAAUCCCCUUCUCUCGAAUUUCUUGGUGAUAAUUCCCCUCCGAAUGAAAUUAAUUCAUUCGUGGGUAACUUGCACGAUGUUCGCAACAAGCGGCAAUACGGGUACGGGAGGGGAGGAAAUUGGACACCUCGAUGCUGUAAUUAUGGCUAUAAUUUCUCGCCAGGAUGCCAAUACAACGGUUUUUGGAAUGCAAAUAAUAAUCCUUACUGUCGCAGUUAUGGCCGCGGUGGUGGUUAUGGUUAUGCUAGGGGUGGAUAUAACCGAGGUUACAACCGUGGUCACAACAGUGGUCACAACAGUGGUCACAACAGUGGUGGAGAUGAUUACCCACAAUGUACCUAUGCUGGCCAAGCCAAUUGUUAUGGAAAUUCAAUCUGAGGUGUGACUAAUACCGAGCUCAGGGACGUCCCAAUAUUAUAAUAAAGUGGAUUAUGUAAAUGUUUAGGAGUAUUGUUAACCAUAAUAAUAUUUCAUAUCAUACAGGAGCAAAUCCUGGUCGGUUAUUUGUGGGGGUAACUAUUGUUUGAAACCAAUAAAAAUACUUGCAAUCAAGGUUAGUUGCAAUAAAAGCUAUAUAAGCAGUUGAACUAUA